GCCCACCACCUCCCCGCUACAUGACCCACUACCGCUGCUGAUCGUCCGUAUACACUUCGCCGCCCCUCGUGACUGGCGGUGCCUCUGGUAAGGUUGGCUGCCGCGACCAGGGAGCAGCAGCAAGCUGCAAUUUGUCGGUAUGCAAAGUCGAAAGAAUGAGGAAGCUGCUAUAGCUGGCCCGCGUAAGCCAUGGAACUACCAUGUGCGGCCUACUCUCUCAACCGGCGCUGGACUAUAGCCUGGAGGCUAAGUCGUGUCCUACUAUACCUACCUCUCGUCUCUCGUCCUUUUCUCUUCUGAGACACCGGCUGGACAUCUGCUGCUACCUUGGACACCACGCCGCCACGGAGAAGACACUGCUCACAUCAUGGCAAACGUCUCCGAGAAGAAUGGCGACCACCACGCUGCCGAUGUCGAGAAGCAGAUCGAACCGGUCAACAAGCAAGAAGCAGAGAGCAUAGAACCCUUUGUUCUCCCCACAGAGGAAGAGAAGCGGGCGGUGAUCAGGAAACUGGACUGGCGCCUUCUGCCAUUGGUUUUUGUCCUGUAUUCUCUUGCAGUCCUGGACAGAUCGAAUCUGGGCAAUGCGCGCUUGGCGGGCAUGGAACAAGACAUCGACUUGAGUGGCAAUCGAUAUGAACUUCUCGGAACCAUCUUUUACAUUGCAUACAUCGUAUCGCAGUGGACCAUUCUGGGCUGGAAACAGUUCAAGCCGCAUCAGUGGUGUGCCUUUACCAUUGUCUUCUGGGGCUUCGUGGCAACCGUCCAAGCCGCAGCCUUCAACUGGGCCGGCCUGAUGACGUGCAGAUUCUUUUUGGGGGUCUCUGAAGCCAUGUUCGGACCAGGUGUCGCCUUGUACUUGACCUAUUUCUACCCGCGACAGAAAGUGGGCUUCCGCCAUGGCGUCUUCAUCAGCGGCGCAGCCAUGGCCAAUGCCUAUGGUUCAGCACUCGCAUAUGGAAUCAGCCAGAUCAGAGGCUCGCUCAGGCCGUGGAAGAUCUUGUUCUUGAUCGAGGGUUUGCCGACGAUUGCAAUGGCAGUAGUGGUGUGGUUCUUCCUCCCGGAUCGCAUCGAUUCGGCAAGCUUCCUGAACGAGAGAGAGAAGCAAGUCGCAUCACACCUAGUUGCGCAGAACCAGAAAGUAGAUGUGGGCAAAGAAAGAGGAGUACGCUGGAGAGAGACCUUGGACGCAUUCAAAGACCCCAAGUCCUUCAUCCCCGGUCUAAUGUACUUUGGCUGCAAUGUCUCCUUCGCCUCUCUUCCCCUCUUCCUCCCCACCAUUAUUUCCGAAAUGGGCACAUUCUCCACAAUAACCUCCAACGGCCUCUCGGCCCCUCCCUACGUCUUCUGCUUCCUGGUCAUCCUCCUCAUCAGCUUCCUCUCCUCGCACUACCACUCCCACGGCCCCUUUGUAGCCCUCACGGCAACGCUCGCAGCCGUCGGAUUCAUCAUCAACGCCACCACGACCACGACGGGCCCACGCUACUUCUCCACCUUCCUCUCCGUGUGCAUCUUCGCCUCCAUUGGCGUGCUCCUCUCCUGGACGGCGAAUUUGCAUGCGACGGAGAGCAAGAGGGGUGGAGGGUAUGUGAUUUUGAACUUGGUAGGUCAGUGUGGACCGUUGUUGGGGACGAAUAUCUUUCCCGAGAGCGAGAAGCCGUUGUAUCGAAAGGGGUUGUGGGUGUCGGCGGCAAUGUGUUUGAUGGUUGCGGUACUUGCGGUGCUGCUGGAGUUGUGGAUUGGGUAUGAGAAGCGGGUGAUGCUAAAGGGCAAAAAUCACGAGGAGCAACUGCAAAGGGAGGAGGAGGAGAAGAAGGAAGAGUUGGAGUUGAGUGGGUUGCGAAGUCGGAGUAGUGGUCGUAGUAUAACGAAAUGAAAACGAAGAUGAAGUGAAUUUUCAUCAAAACGAAAGUGCUUCUUCUUUAGAUAUCAAAGUAUCUCGUCCUCACUCCAACAAUACCAAAGUCAAAAACCACCCUUUGCACACACACAGCCAUCCUGACCCCACAUUCCUCCCUAACCUCCAUUUCUCUCUUCCCCUCUCUCUCCCUCUUCGUUGCAUCGAAUUAGGUGUGAAAGUCAUCCAUCCAUCCAUCCAUCCAUCCGUCCAUCCCGUCGUCAAGAACAUGUCGAAUUCCAGUUCAAGUUUGUGCGAAAUGAAUGAAGAAUUUCAAGUCUCAAGAGAGAAGAAGAAGGAUCAGGAAAGGAAAAAAAGGAAAUGUCCAGAAUGUCGAAACUGAUGUAAAGGUAGGUAUCCUUGUUGUUUAUUGUUGUUGUUUAUUGUUGUCGUUUAUUGUUGGAGGAGUUGGUCGAAGGGUUUAGGUGGAGAGAAGAGGGGAUUUAGCAAGAGCAAGAGCCUGCUGCGCACUUGCAGGUCGAGCCGCAAGAGCAAGAAGCGUUUCCACAGCCACCCAUUUUGAUGUGAUUGGACUUGAUUUGGUUGAUUUGGUUGUUGUUGUUGUUGAGAAGCGUUGUCGUUGUCGUUGUCGUUGUCGUAGUUUGC